AUGUCCUCUAAAAAUAGAUCAAGACAGAUUGUCAAGUUGGGCGUGAAUAAAAUGUGUGCGACCACUGAGAGAAAAUUGCGAAUUUUAUUUGUCUGCAUUGGAAACUCCUGUCGUAGUCCAAUGGCUGAGGCUGUGAUGAAGAAUCUCCUACCAGGAGCAUCCACGUGGGAAGUGGAUAGUGCUGCAAUAGCUUCGUGGAAUGUGGGCCUCCCACCGGAAGAGCGUUGCUUAAGAAUCCUCCAGGAACACGGACUUGACUCCAACCACAUUGCCAGACAAGUAACAAAGGCAGAUUUUUAUAGAUUUGAUUUUAUUUUCGGAAUGGAUCCCAGGAAUGUGGAAGAUCUGCAACGCAUGGCCCCAGCAGAUGCAACAGCCAAGAUUGAGCUGCUGGGGAGGUACGACAGCGAGAGGGAUAAUGUAAUUCUCGAUCCAUACUUCGAGACGGGCGAUCAUGGAUUCAGGAGGUGCUUCGAGCAGAUCAGCAGGAGUUGUGUGGGCUUCCUGCGGAUUCACGGGGCAACGAGGCGAUGUCAUGCAGCUGCAGCGGCCGAUUGAUCCUGCGAAACAUCCUCAAUGAAGGCUUUCCAUUGCUCGUGGAACAUAUCCGACACCUUCAUCCACUCUCGCUCCGUCAGGACACUUUGCCUGUUGACAAAGAAGAAGUCCUUUUGUAACA